ACUCCCUGUGGGCGGAGCUCCCUGUGGGCGGGGCUUAAUGUAGGCCGGUGACCAUGUAUGCCGAACUCCCUGUGGGCGGGGCUCCCUGUGGGCGGGGCCAUGCCUGGGCGGGGCUGUGUCGGGCCGAUCGGGCGAACCGGCUCGGGCUCAGGCUCGGGCUGGGAGCGGCGGCCGUGACCCGGAGGAUGUGUCCCGGAGCCCGGACAGUGGGGAGCCGCCCCACCCCGCUUCAGCUGCUGCUGCUGCUCGGUUUGGGGCUGCGAUCCGGAGCAGAGCCACAAUUACCCGGCGUAACCCUGGAUGGAGUUCAAGUGACCCUGUAUUGGCUGGGACCUGGCCAUAGCCCGCAAGUUAUAACGGCGGGAAUGCAGACGUCCUGCCCUGUUUGGGGAACAGUGCGAGUCAACAUCGGGGACACUGAGCUGGUGCUGCAGAUUGAGAGGAACAACCAGCUAAUCGCUGCAGCCUACACCGAGACCCAUUACGAUCAGGAUGGCAGGAUGGUGACAGUCUCUCCCAACCAGACAGAUCACUGCCUCUACCACGGACACGUCAGUGGGUAUCCGCAUUCCUGGCUCACCCUAACACUCUUCUCUGGUCUCAGUGGGAUCGUUGUCAUGGACACCAAGAACAGUUACUACUUGCAGCCAAUCAGACAGCAUGGCAGUCAUCACCACAUCAUCUAUAGGACAGAACAUCUGCCAAUCAGAGCAGGGACCUGCGGAAAUCUAGGCAACAACCAAUCAGACAUCAGCAUGAUCAAGGAGUUUGUUCAUCAGCGUCACAGGUUUCGACGGGAUUCCUGGAACACGAUGAAAUAUGUGGAGCUUUACCUGGUGGCAGAUCACACAGAGUUUCAGAAACAGUCGAACGAUCUGAGCCGCACCAAGGCGCGGAUGAUCGAAAUUGCAAACUAUGUGGAUAAGUUUUACAGAGCGUUCAAUAUUCGCAUUGCACUGAUCGGGUUGCAAGUCUGGACACAUUCUGACCAGAUAACGGUCAGUGAAGAUGCCACCAAGACGCUGUAUGCAUUUCUCAAAUGGAGGCAGAAGCUGUCGGCUCAUACCAAGCACGAUAACGCCCAGCUGCCGGGCGCUGAGCGUUACUGUGUCACUGAUUCCCCGUGGGGCCGGGCGCUGAGCGUUACUGUCACUGAUGCCCCGUGGGGCCGGGCGCUGUGUGUUUACUGUGUCACUGAUGCCCCGUGGGGCCGAGCACUGUGUGUUACUGUGUCACUGACCGUGGGGCCGGGCGCUGAGCGUUACUGUGUCACUGAUUCCCCGUGGGGCCGGGCGCUGUGUGUUACUGUCACUGAUUCCCCGUGGGGCCGGGCGCUGUGUGUUGCUGUCACUGAUUCCCCGUGA